GCAUGAGUUUGGUCCCACCACUCUCAGGAGACAAGAGAAGGGAGAGCAGAGGUCUGUCAUCACCCACUCCAGGGAGGACCUAAUGGGAUAAUAAUACUCUUUCCACUUCAUUUUUUUUUUCUUCUUCCCACUAAGACAACUGCGCUUGGUCUGUUGGUGGAUCAACAACGUUCAGAUGGACAGCUUCCUAUCAGGGUUGAUGGACUUGACUUCUGAAGACAGACCGUACCUGCGGACCUUUGUUGAGGAAUUCACUUUCACAAGUUUGCAGCUCGUCUGGAUGAAUUCAAGCCGGCUGCUUCCUAUUUAGACGUACGCAGGGAGGAAACACACACACACACACACACACACACGAGGAGGACCGUGUUUAUCUUGGCACGUCCGUGGUGAGCUGAGGGGAGAAUAAAUGAGGAAUUGGCCUGGGAUGAGCACUGACAGCUGACACCGUCCUCCGUUUUUCUGCGGGUGUUGUUCAGGCCCCCGACUCUCUACGCUCGCAGUGAGAUGAUCUGCUAACUCUCUCCAUCAGAGGGCUUUAGCAGCCAGCGAGCGUUGCCUUUUUGGGCAGCUUACACUCACAGAUGUGAACACAUGCACUCUGAGCAGAUCCUUUUGAGAUUUUCCUUUCUCUCUCUGCGAAGCCAGAGGGACAUAUCCUUAACGCCGGGAGUCUGGGACUGAAAGUUUGACUGGAACCAGCUUUCAAAGUGUCAUUUCUAUUAAUGGAAGCCACUUUCAGGUGCUGAACACAAAGGCGACUCUGCAGGUCUGAGCUGCCGUCGCCGUGCCGGAGGCCUUUGCGUUUUUGCCACUUUGCAUCCCGAGGUUGCUUUAGGUUCCUGGAUUUCCUAGUAUUCAAACACCUUUUUCCUAUUCACGCCGCCAUGGAGGAUGGUCCUGUCAGAUAAGUUCACCUUCGUCCGUUGUCGCCCAUAGUUGCUGUUCUUUUUUUUUUUUUUUUUUUUUUUGACAACUCUCUGGACUCAAGUCUUUUUCAACCUGCCAAUGAAAUGAUGAGCAAAGACGCUCGCUUCUCCAGAAAGAUGCCCAGCGGUUUCUCCACGCGCAGGCACUCUUGCAUCGGUUUUGACUUGGAAAAUGGAUUAUCGAUGGGGCGAGCCCCCCUGGACCCCCAGGCCGGCUCCGGCUCCGGUCUGGUCCUGCAGGCCAACUUCCCUCACAGUCAGCGGCGGGAGUCCUUUCUCUACCGCUCCGACUCCGACUUUGACCUUUCCCCCAAACUUCCUUCCAGAAACUCUUCAGCAGCCAGUGACCUGGAGGAAAGCCUGAAGCACUGGGAGGUCAACUGGUUGUCAUCUCGACACUCGGAAGACAUGAUAGUUACUCCAUUUGCACAGGUGCUUGCCAGUCUGAGGACAGUCCGGAGUAACUUUGCCACCAUAACUGGCCAGCAAGACCGCACAGCCAGCAAGAUGCGAUCCUCAAACAGUAACCCACCAUCGAUGUGCAAGACCAGCCUAGCAGAGGAGCCGCACCAGCAGCUGGCCAUCGAGACUCUGGAUGAGUUGGAUUGGUGUCUGGAACAACUAGAGACGCUGAAAACUCGACACUCCGUCAGUGAGAUGGCGUCCAACAAGUUUAAGAGGAUGCUGAACCGAGAACUCUCUCAGCUGUCAGAGACAAGUCGUUCCGGGAAUCAGGUGUCCGAGUUCAUCUCAAGCACCUUUCUAGAAAAACCACAUGACAUGGACAUCACGUCUUCCCCCACCAAGGAGAAGGACAAAAAGAAGCGUCCCAUGUCCCAGAUCAGCGGCGUGAAGAAGGCUACCCACACUCUGGCGCCCUCCACCAUACCUCGAUUUGGGGUCAGCUCUAGCCAGGAAGGACUCCUCGCCAAGGAACUUGAGGACAUAAACAGAUGGGGAAUCGACAUCUUCAGGGUGUCGGAGUACUCUGGAAGUCGCGCGCUGACCGUCACCAUGUACACCAUCUUUCAGGAACGUGACUUGCUGAAGACCUUUAAGAUUCCUGCAGACUUUUUCAUCAACUUCAUGAUGACGCUGGAGGACCACUACCACGCCGAUGUCGCCUACCACAACAACAUCCACGCUGCGGAUGUGGUCCAGUCCACGCACGUGCUGCUGUCCACACCUGCGCUGGAGGCUGUUUUUACGGAUCUGGAGAUUCUCGCGGCGUUGUUUGCAAGCGCCAUCCAUGACGUGGAUCACCCUGGAGUUUCCAACCAGUUCCUAAUCAACACCAACUCAGAACUGGCCCUGAUGUACAACGACUCGUCGGUGCUGGAGAACCACCACCUGGCAGUCGGGUUCAAGCUUCUGCAGGAAGAAAACUGCGACAUCUUUCAGAAUCUGAGCAAAAAGCAGAGACAGUCGCUGCGCAAAAUGGUCAUCGACAUGGUGCUGGCCACUGACAUGUCUAAGCACAUGAACCUGCUAGCAGACCUGAAGACCAUGGUUGAGACCAAGAAAGUGACCAGUCUGGGAGUCCUGCUGCUGGACAACUACUCAGACCGCAUUCAGGUUCUUCAGAACAUGGUCCACUGCGCAGACCUGAGCAACCCCACCAAGCCUCUCGAGUUGUACCGCAAGUGGACGGAUCGCAUCAUGGUGGAGUUCUUCACUCAGGGCGACAGGGAAAGAGACAAAGGGAUGGAGAUCAGCCCCAUGUGUGACAAGCACAACGCCUCCAUAGAAAAGAACCAGGUGGGUUUCAUCGACUACAUCGUCCAUCCUCUGUGGGAGACGUGGGCGGACCUGGUUCACCCCGAUGCCCAGGAGAUCCUGGACACGCUGGAGGAUAACAGAGAGUGGUACCAGAGCAUGAUCCCCCACAGCCCCUCGCCAGGCCCGCUGGAGCAGGAGGAGGAAGACCCUGCGGGGGAAGCGUCGGCGCCCGCCAAGGGCGGCGGCUCCACUGCAGCUGACAAGUUUCAGUUCGAGCUGACCUUGGAGGAGGAGGAGGAUGAGUCUGACACGGAAAGCUCCCCCGAUGAGGAGAAGGGCUACAGCAGCAGCAGCGGGGGGCACGAACUCAGCAGGACCGAACACAGGAGCGGAUGCAGUUCAACCCAACGGCUCAAUAAGAUCCUCACCAGCGACUCGAGCAGGACGUUUUCUUUAGACUCCGAGAAGGAGAUGGAGGAAGACAGAGAGACGGGCCAAGAAGGCAUCGCCGAGGUGCCGUGCUUCAGGCUCGGCACAUAGCACCGGCCGCAGCGGUUUCUUCUGGCGGCCUUCUUUUCUUCACUUUCAUUAAUAUCAGUGCCUCGUCCUCUUUCAUUACCCUUCUCCCAGUCCAAGGAAAAAAAAAAGAAAAAAACCCGCCUUUGGUUUUCUCUGGAUGGGGUGGCGGCAGGACCCGGGGUGGUGGAGGAGCUGCAGCUGGGUGCGGGAGUGUCACAGGGUUUGCGUUUUUUACACGGCGGUCACUUGCACUGGAGCGCAGCGGGCCAGCAGCGUCGCCAGCUCGCCAUCACUGACAACGAGACACGUUUCUGACCGGUUCAUUGUGCUCUGUGUCCAUUCACUCGAAGCUCGGACAAAGCAAGAACAAGUAGUGAAAACAACACUUUCCCAUCUACAACCAGUCUUUUGUGUGCUGCAGCUGAAGUCACAAGUGUCCUCCAGUACUUGUAAAAACCAAAGUGAGUGAGUGGUUAGAAACCAAAAAAACUGAUAAUUGGGGACAACAUGAAACUAAAACAGUGCCCCUUUAGUUUUGCCUCAUGUCUUUCAUGUAAAGACACACUACGUAUAACUGCAGUUGGCACACAAGACCUGACGCCAAGAGCAGAUCCCGCUAAUUUAACGGCAGGAAGGAGAUAUUCACCCUCCUAUGCAGCAAACUUUACAUGUAGCAAACUUUUUGAGUGACCGUUACUGUAAACAUACCUGAGAGAGCUGCACCUCCUCUUGAACUGUUGUUGAGGAGGUCGAACACGAUUGUGAUGAAUGAGCUCACACUUGAUGUUUUCAGCCUUUUCAGAUAGAACACUUUAUCUUUUUAUAAUCCUAGACUAAGAUAUUGUCAACAAUGAAACUGUGCCGGAGUUACUGUAACGGGGGGGACGGCCCCAGAAUUACAUUUAAAUACAACAAUGCAGGCUUAGCUCGGAGCGCCCCCUGGUGGCCACAAGUGGAAAUGAAGGUCUGGUACUAAGGCCGUUUGAUCUUGAAAGGAAACUACAUUUAAACUGUCUUUUGGUUAUUUUCUUUCACUUCUGUCACUUUUUCUUGUACAAAAAAAUAGUAUUCGUUUUUCUUGGUAUAUAUUUUUAUCAGUUUGCCUUUAAGUUGAAGCACUUUUUGAUUUAGUCCACUGCUCGCCCCAAACCGUGUUUAUUUUAAGCCAAAACGUGAACACGAUGACAUCUAUUGAAACAGAAACAACAGCCAUAAAAUAAACGGCACCGUGCAGCUGGAAAUAUAUUCAACCUUAUCUUCAGAUCCAUUUCUCACCUUGUGUUUUUCAUAGCAUCUACUUGCAUAAAUGACUUCACUGAGGGCGAGCGUGACAGAAGUAUUAAGGUUACAAGGACAGUUGGUGACAUUAUAGUAACUGUUUAGAAAAAACAAAUACAUCAGAUGUUACCAAAAGACAGUUGCCUGUGCCAGAAUUUUUCUAUCUCUAUCUGAUCAAUACUUUUGCUCUUUGCAGGGACAUAGUCGAUGACAAAACAAGUGCCCAGCAAGCAUGACACAACCAGUACUGUAAUUUCCAUUUUGCCACUGGCUACUUUCCAUCAGCGGCUGAUAUAGUCGGUUGAUCAUAGCGCCCUCCGUGCCAAUCUGACCUCAGCGUCUCUCUUCCUUUUUUUCCUAACUCCUAUUCAGAUGGUGAAUUGAAGCUUACUUUGUCUUAAAACUAGUGAUAUGUGGUUUUCCUAGGAGUAAAAGACUGGUCAGACUUUGUUUUUUCAAGUAUUUGCAAAGAAAACAAACAAGCACUUUGAAUGGUACUUUUACAGGUCUGCACUUCCGGUGGCGAUGAAGAUGUAAAGCGUGACUUUGCUACUGUUUUUCUUUUGUGUGUCGUUGAGCGGUCGUCUGGUGGAGUCGAGCUGCAGAGGAACGACCACUUUUCAAGUGUAGAUAGUAGAUGGUGGGGACUUUUUAUAAAGAAAUAGAUAAAUCUGUUGAAAUGCAUGAAAUUACAGAUUGUAAAAAGUAAGAAGAGUUUAUGUACUGCUUUUAAAUUUUAAACUAUGAAUGAUCUUAUUUUAUUUUAUUAUAACAAAAAAAGAGCUGUUCACACACACACAUACAGUAUAUACUUUUUUCCUUUGGAGCAAGUGUUUUUGCUCUUGUUUUUGUUGUUUUUGUGUGUCAAUCCUCUCUGUAGCGUCAGCAGACCUCAUGGGUGCCUUCAACACUACACUUUAACCAGCACAACGUACAGCAUGCAAACAUCAAGCCUGUGUCUCUGCUUUUCACUAAUUCUUUAAUUUUGUACAUUUUCCUCACAGUACUUAAUGUUGAUUUUAUUAUUGUUCAUGUUGUUUUCUGUUGUUGUUUUUUAUUUAUAUGCUAUCUGUCAGAACAAUGAGACAAUUGAGUAAAGUAUUUUUGUGUAGUUUUAUGUACUAUCAAGGCAGAAGGAACAGAUUUCAACUAUUACUAAGCUUUUUUUUCCUUCUCAUUUCUUUAGGUCAAAAAAUUACAUAAAACAUUAGGAAAACAUUGUUUGUUUGUUUGUUUGUUUGUUUGUUUUGGCUGUGUAGAACAAAGUUGAGUGACGGAUUCCUUCCUGGGUUUUCUGAAGCAUCUCAUUCCUGUCUUCCUCUGUUUGCACUGAUCUCACCUGAUUGUUUAUCAAUGAUACUGCGGCACGUGUGGAUCUGAGACUUGUUGAAACGUUGAAAUAAUGAUGUAAUCAUGCAGCCUUAACAGUCUUUGCAGGUGAGUUAUUCUGCUCUUAGUGGUUUCACACAUGAGAACCUGAUGAGAUGAUGUGGCUCUGACAAUCCAGGCGCUGCAGUUUAACUGUGGGUCUGCUAGAACUCUUUCCAACUACAACUGUAGGCCUUUCCAAUAAAGGAGAAACACUU